AUGCUAAUGAACGAUCACAUCUCACUGAUAGGAGACAAAAACAACCUUCAUGACAAGAUGGAAAAGGGAAGGCCGAGAGAGCUAAAGGUCUGUGCACAUUGCAACAAGAAGAUCGAGGGGAAGUUUAUGCUGCGCGCUUUGGGUCAGUUUUGGCAUGAGGAAUGUCUAAAAUGCUCCUAUUGCAGCACCCAGCUGACAGAUCUGAGCUUCAAGUUUUACCUCAAAGGAGAUUUGAUUCUUUGCAAACGAGACUACAUCAGGUGAGAGCUCCGCUUUCUUUGCUGUUAUGAUUAGACUGCUAUCAGGGCGUUUUAAGGUUGCUACCUAGUCGGUCGAGAGCGUGAGCAAUCACGGCGAAAACUAAAGGGGGGCCGAACGGAUUUCCUUCGUUUUCUCGUAUAAGAGCGCUCGUAAUAUGCCCGUCGCGGGCGACCAUGCUGAGGCAAGAGGGGAUACAAAGGUCCUUCAUCCACUCUUGCCUGAUCGGGAGACCGGCCUUUCAGCAUCCUCAAGGGCCUGCUUCCUUAAUUCACAAACAAAGGAAGGAGAAUAUUAUUUUCAGUUGAUAGCGAUCUGAGAUCUUUAGUGAAAGUGUUGGGCAAAAAUAUUUACAAAACUUACAGGUGCGCGUGUCAAAGAGACAGAUGUUUUAGCCGAGAAUAUUCGUCCAAGCUAUAAUAUUCCUGUAUGUAUGACAUGCACAGAUGCCAGUGAAACCUAAUCGAUGAAACUGUACGUCGGCUGUUUAUAAAUAAGCCACUGUGGGUUCAAAACAAGUACUUUUUGAGCAACCAAUUCAUGAAUAGUUGCUGUCCAAUGUCCUCUAGGCCUGACGAAAGUUCCCGUAUAUCGUAAACGGCACAUUAUUAUCAUGUGACUGAAGGUACUUUUUGCGGAACUUCUUCAAAACUCAAACAUGGGAAGAAGCACACAAAAUUGUUACAUAUUUAGAUUACUGCCGUGAGUUAGCUCAUGAUCACAUCGUUACGUCAUUUUAACCGGACGAUCUUUCUUUUGUUUGACGUUACUUCUUGAUUUUAUUGUCAUCAAAGGCAGGGAGAAAACAUUAGGUAUUUUUGCCUGCUGGUCCAGCUGCUGACCAUUAUUUUCGUAUUACCGAUCAAAAUUUAAAACUUAUAAAUUCAAAAACCCCGGAUAUCGUCGCAGGUGUGUCUCAAAUUGAAGACGAGGAAAAGAGAAAAAUAAAGUUUCCGAAAGGAAUGACAAAAAAAUGGCAACCAGCUGUAAGUGCUCUAAAUCUGUCAAAGAAAUCUACUAGCCAAAUCAAGUAAACACGCAUAAGAGACGUUUUCUCGAUCUACCAUUUCUUAAUUCGUCGACCUUGUUAGUCAAAAGAUAUAGAACAGUGUUGAAAAAACGCCAAUUUCAAUGUUGAAUUACGCUAUCCAUGUGCUGAAUGUUGCCGAGCGUUGUUGAAGGGACUUGAGAGAUGGGCUUUUUAAUUCCGUUCAACAAGAUAGCUUCAACGUACCUUUGUUGAUUAUCAACUGCUGAAUCCUGUGUCAAUGGGUUUAAAGAGACAAAGGCUAUUUCCUAGUGAGGAGAAAAGCCCAGUUAAACGUUUAUGCACCGAUGUAAAGAUUAACUCAAGAUACGAGUGAUUUACAAGGUUUUUAUGACUUUUCACAUGCGCCGAAACCCGACUUCCUUCUUGUACAUGUCAGGAGAGGGAAAUGAUUGCAAAUCGUCCAAGUAAUUCGGGGAAUUACUAAUAAGUUGGGAUCGUAAAUUUUUCAAGUUCUGUCAUUAUGAUGUUUCGAAACAAUUUUGGCAGCUUCCUUCCCUCCAAGAGUUCACUUGAGAUAUAUCUAGCAUCUAUCGGAUUAUGCUCGUGAAAUCGAGUAUCUCCCUUCCGGCAUCACCCAUAAAACCUACUGUGGCGGCACAGUAAUGUCAAAUGCUCAAAAUUAUCCUAGCUGGAGGUGUUAUGCAGCUCCUCAGUCUGCCGGACUAAAAUAAUCCCUUUCUUUCCCGAGCACUAUCAAAAAGACAUCCUCAAACAGGUUAACGGAUGGCUGGGGCUCCUGCGGAUGGUUCAUGUAUUCAUUGUUACUUUUCAAAAUUGAUUUCAAUGGAACAGAGCGUUAUUCGCUCCAUUACAGGUAAAAUUUUCCUGAGAAAGUCGUAAUUGUUUUAGACUUCCUGUUUUUUAUUCAAAGGAACCGAAACUGCUGCUCUCAUUAUACUUGAUUCUGUUGUCAUGGAGGUGAAUACUGAUAAAGUUUGUCAAAUUAGGUAACAAAAGAACUGCCCGUAGUAGAGAAGUGUCUGUGUCGUGCCAAGCGUAACAGAAGUUGUACUGUAUUUUUGUCGUUGGGACUUGGGGCGGUUUGUUUUUCUCUUUUCAUGAACAACCCUUGAAGAGCACUGAGAUGGGUAUUCUCAAGAGUCAAACCAACAACACAACAUUAGGUCUGUCGAAUUUUGCCGGCAUAAUCUUGAGCAUCAGGAACAUCAGGAACAGGACGGCAUAAUGUCGGAAUAACACGCAAUUUUUGUUGUUGUUAAUUGUUGCUGUUGCUUUCAGCAUAAUGAAAUGCUGCUCUUUUUUUGCUAUUCUGAAAGCUUCAUGCUUAUUUUCCAGCCAAUGCGAGCCAGAAUGAACAAGGCUGGUAAACGCAAGGACAUUUUGAAGCUAGCCAUGAAGAACUUGUACUGUGACCUUUAAUUAGAGAAACAGGACUAGCUAGUGCCUAGUGAAUUUUGGCCUAGUCAAGGCCUGGUUAUCUCCUUAUUCGAGCCCUUCAAUGACAUAUUUUUUAUCUUACAAAAGUCAUAAAGGCAAAGACCAUGAACGAACAUGUAACCCGCAUUUUAUCUUUAAACUACAAAACUCAUUUGGUGGAAUUUGUCACUCCAACGUGCCUUGUUGGAUCACUGGAAGUAAAAAUCAUUCUAAUCAGACAAAUGUGCUAUUCCUUUUGUCAGCGUUUUUAAGGGGCUCACUUAAUGCUAUGGUGAGUUCACCUUCACAUUUUUGAAGCGAAGUUAGAAGGGAAAGAACUGAGCCCGUUUGUUAUCGGAUCAGUGGGAUUAGUGGGAUUCGCGAUUCCUUGAGCAGUUUUGCGGAUUCCAAAGCCAAGAAUUCCGGACUCCACAAGCAAAAUUGUCCCGGAUUCCACUUUUCCGAUGCAAAAAAUUACCGGAUUCCGGAAUCCAAAUUCCCUUACUUGGGGAGAAACACGACAAAAGUUGAACUCAAAGAAGUUAGUCCACUUUUCUCAGGUGAACCAUUUCCAUCCUGGUUAUUUCAAAUAUAAAAAAACAUUGUGUUACUGUUUAGUGAAGGUAGCAGAGAGAAACGUGUCGUAGCUUCUUCAAAUCACCUCAUCAGCCUAGUUAGUAUUAUGACAAACUCCUGUUCCUGAAGAACAUCCCUACAAGAUGCCACGUAUGCAUAUCGAAAAGGCUAUUAACCUUGAUCUCCUGACAUUGUUUUCAUUUAUUUAUUUAUUUUUUUUGAUCACCAAGAAAGAACACCCAUCCUAGCUGAUUGUUAUACAAUGUCUCUGUGACCUUGGCAUAGAAACAAAAGUAAAAGAAGUUGCUAAAGGAAAAACAAGGGUUAUCUCCAAGUACACUUUGAAAUAAAAUAUCCGGCCAUCACGAUCCUUAUUUAAUAUAUGACAAUAGAUGUACUGAAUAAAUCAACAAAAUCCUUGUUUUUAUAUUCUAGUUUUUCACUUAUUUUUGCUUAGACAUUGUUGUUUAAACAACGUUUGAACUGCUGGGGAGAUUACGUAACGUUCAUGAACUUGCUCUUAUACUUUGGCACUCGAGGAGACACCAGUUUCGGCUGUAACUGUUUAUUCAAAAGCAUCAAUCAAAACAACCGCUUUGUCAGGAACUAGCUAAAGCCGUGUAUCAUCGGCAAUCAUAUUCACAAAAAAGAAAAAAAAAUCUUAAUCAUUUGUCAUGAACUGAAACGGUAAAUAUUUAUGGCUUCUGGCUGUAUCAGUUUUCGGAGAGAACUAAAAAAUUGCUCAAUCGAUAUUAAGAACUUUAGCAAGAAAUAAUAUUAUCAUACACAGAGUCUCUUAGGGACUCUUAUCAGACCUUUUAAAAGUGCAUUAUUUUUACUUAUCGAAAGUUUAUUUUUCCAUGAGAUGUAGAACACUAUUUUAGGUUACAUCAGAGCUCAUGGACCUCACAAGGAGGCUAAGCUAAGUUUCCCUUAACGGCAAGAUUAAGAAACAAAGUGUUCAAUUAUGAUGUACUGACAGGCGUUCGAAAAGAGGGGCAAGAACCAUUCAAGAGACCUUAAUUCUUUCCCUUAAAAUAAGUCUUGAAAUAUGGCUAAACUGCAGAUGACUUAAUAGAUAGGAGACCGACUGACUAAAGCUCAUGAGGACUACUUGUUUAAGUAGCUGAACCGUAACGGCCUUAAAUCCCGCUAGACGAAAGAGAGAAGAGCCAGCCCACCCCAAUUGUACUCCGCGGUAGCUCGGUUAUUCAUAACAUCCGGGAUUGCCGGUUCCUUUGCUUUGCCCAACAGAAACGUGAUUUCCUGUUUCAUGCUAAAAUUAUGUUUAAAAAAGUGCAGGUGGUGUGGCUCAAUUCCUUUGGUAGCACGUAAAACAUAGCCUUUCCGUGACUUUUUCCAGUCGCACCUCUCUUUGCGGAUACCUUACUAUUACCGACAGUUCUCCCACUGUGUGGUCACAGAGAUACCAAACUUCAAACAGACACCACCUCUAUAAUAAGGACACUUCUCUAUCACGGACAGUUCUCCCAGUCCCACAGGGGUCCCACAGAUAUACAAAACUGCAUAAAUCCCCAUAUUUGUCAUAUGGACAUAAAUAACUACCUAAUCUACAAACACCACACCUCAGUAAUACGGACAUCUCACCAUUAAAGAGAGUUUUCUUGGUACACAGAUAUACAAAACUGCAUUCAAUGACCAAUAAUAGGGACACAAUACAUAAUCACCUGAUGUAAUACAAUCAUCACAUCUAUAAUACGGACACCACUUUAUUACGGACAGCUCUUCGUGGCCCCACAGACCCCAACUGCGUGCAUUUCCCAUAUCUGUAAUACGGACACAAUAGGAUCACGUAACACUAUAAAAUCACCAGUAUAAUACGGACAGUUCUUGACGAUCCCACAGAUAUAACCAACUGUAUACAUGCAAUUCCCAUCGCUGUAAUGCCGACGCCUUUCUAAUAUCAACAUUUCGUUGUCCUUACGAGCUAGGUUUAACCUUAGUGGCCGGAAGUGGUGCGAAGUCUUCUCGGAUAAGGACGAUAAACCGUAGGCCCCGUCUCACAAGCCCUUGCACAUGUAAUAAAAAAAAAACAAUCUGUGGGACGUUAAAGAACCCACACACUCUUCGUAAAGAGUAGGGCACGUGGUGCCCAGUGUAGUGGUCUAUCUCACUUCAUACUCAUGUAUGGGGCAUCAUAGUACUAAUUCCUUCAUUACUUGUAAACUGCACCUUAAGCAGUCUGGCAACAGCAGCAGUCCCCCCCAACCAGUGUUGUAAAUUAUCCCUGAAAAGCCCUGAGGGGAGUGGAUAAUAUGAUAUUUACGUUUACACAUUUAUAUUACACAUUUACAAUGGAGUGGGGAACGUUCCUUCCCUUUUUUCAGCUCCGUUUCCUAUUUACAAUUCUGUUUUCUUCUGCAUUACUUCUGCGUAAUACUUUUUGUUUUUUGCAUCACUUUUUAUUAUUUUUGGUCUCUAGAUUUUAUUUCGGCUACUAUUGGCAGUAAAAAGGUUUAGAAAAAUGAGAGUGAAAUAGUACUGUCAUUAUAACGCUUUGUUUUUUUGCAGAUUGUUCGGGGCCACUGGAGUAUGUUCAUUAUGCAUGAAGACCAUACCACCGCUGGAAAUGGUAAUGCGGGCUCGUGAGCAUAUCUACCAUCUUGACUGCUUUGCUUGUCAAGUUUGCCGCUACAGAUUUUGUGUGGGUGACAAGUUUUACCUCCAUUUUAACACUGUUCUCUGUGAGGCAGACUAUUAUGACCUGUCGAGCUUUUUUAAUCAAUUACAUCAUCACUUCUAAAGUCUAUCACAACUUGAGCACACUUCCGUGCCGAACUGAAGAAGCGCAUUUAGCGUUGUCAAAGAAGACAUAAAAUUAAUACAAUCCAAUCAGGAAACGAAUGAGCCUGUCAGGGCGACGUUAUUGUACCACUAUGCAAUUUCGCUGAUUGGUGUAUUUGUAGCAAGACAUUUGUAAGUAGACAGGAUACUUUAAAUAAUAUUAGGAAGCUUCAGCAAGCACAACGACCAGUUUAGUAUUAAAAACAUUAAAAAUCAAUUGGUUUUUUAUGUAAACAACGACCCUGGCAUCACACUGUUUUGUACAUUUCUUUGACGUCAUAUGCACGACGGUGACUAACGCGGACAUAAGACUCGCUAAUACGACGUCGUUAUGAUGGAGGAUGAGAACACACGGCGACG